ACCAACUAAAGAGCCCCUUCUCUGUUUCCUAUAUAUAUAUCUGGCUUCUUCAUCCUUUUUUUUUUGGGUGUAAUUCAUUCAGUCAAUGUUUAACAAGCAUGCUCCAAUUUCAGUGUUUGGUAGUUUUGUUGUCUCUAAUCCUGAUUGCCUUCCUUUUGCAGAUCCCAUAUGAUUAUGAUUAUAUGGUUAUGAGGGAUGGUCACAGAUAUGUUUAUCGUACCUUCAAUUCAAAACACACAAGCUGCGACCAUAGCCCAUCCACUUGCGUGGGUAAUGACAUCAAUUUACAGUGCCCAUUUCAGUUUAGAGGUGAUCAUCCAAAUCUAUGCCCUAUUGAAUUCUCUUGUGAAAAUAAUCGCACUGUUCUACCCGUAAUUGGUGGUAACCAUCUGGAGAAACAACAGUAUAACUUUUCUGUGGAGCUAAACAGUAUUGAUUAUGAGAAACAAACACUUCGUCUCUUUGAUCCUGGGGUGCAAAAGAGCAACUGUUCUACUCUUCCAGUUUACUCAUUCAAGCCAAACGACGACUACUACCAAAAUCAAGUUGGGGCUUCUACCAUAAUGGAAAUUGAUCCCGAUGCUGGUUCGUUGGUCUUUGUGAGCUGUAAAAAUCCGGUGAAAUCGAAAUAUCCUCCUCUUUAUGUAGACACUGCUUCCUGUAAUAUCACUGCAAAUCAUUACAGCUAUGUUGUGGUGGGCAAAAAUGUGGUGGCAUCUGAUAUUGAAGAGUCGUGCACUGUCUAUAAGACAGCUCCGGUAGACCUGCGGUGUCUCCCUAAUGUAACAGCAGGAGAUAUUUCGUUUCAAGACAUCCACAAUCUUCUGUCCAAUGGCCUUGACCUCCGGUGGUUAAGAGAGUGGCGGAGCAGGAGACAUUUUCCUUGGCUCCCACAAGGGCGAAUCAGCGACGCAAUUCGAUCUUACCGGUCUAUUGGUGUCGCAGCUUUAGUUUACCUAAAUGCAGCAAUAAAAGUCAUUGGCAUUAUCCUCUUGUUUGCUUUCCUCCUUUAUCGGUGUCGUCGGAGGCAUUUAUCGAGGUAUGAUACAAUCGAAGAUUUCCUACAAGCAAACAACAGCGUCAUGCCCAUUAGGUACUCAUGA